GCCAGAAAGAUAGCACUAAGCGGGGUAUGUUUGUUUAGGCUGCUAUUUUCUCGGUGAACGUUCUUCGCAAAAUGGCUACCAUCUUUGGAAGUUGUCGUGAACUGUUACUGGAGCUGGUCGUAUACCUGUGGUGCACAUCAACAAGGCUGGUAUUCGCUUUGUGGUUCAACUGGAAAAAGCCUGUACCAUUGCCGCCUGUCACCGACAAGCUUCUGCUGCGUUCCGCUACAUCCCUUGCUGCCGACAUCAGAAAUGGCAAGGUCAGAAGCGUGGACCUUCUCGCUGCCUACAUCAGGCGCAUCCGGGAGGUGCAGCCCAUCGUCAACGCUGUCGUUGAGGAGAGAUUCGAAGAGGCUCUCAAAGAUGCCGAGGAGGUCGAUAGACUCGUUGCAUCGCGAACCAUGAGCGUGAUUCAAAUGAGCAAAGAAAAGCCACUGCUGGGGCUGCCGUUCACCUCCAAGAAUAGCAUUGCGAUCAAAGGUAUGCGACAUGACGCGGGCUCCCUCUUUUGGCAUGGCCGGCGCGCCGUGGAAGAUGCCCCGAGCGUGGCGUUCCUGCGAAAAGCCGGCGCCAUCCCACUGGCGCUGACGAACGUGCCCGAGCUCUGUAUGUGGGGCGAGUCGCACAACUUGAUCGACGGCUGCACGCGCAACCCACACGACACGCGCCGAAACCCCGGUGGAAGCAGCGGCGGAGAGGGAAGUCUUCUUGCGGCAGCUGGAUCCCUGCUUGGCCUCGGAACUGAUGCUGCGGGAAGCGUGCGGAUACCAUCCGCCUACUGCGGAGUCUUCGGUCACAAGCCAACAGCUGGAGUGGUGCCAAACACUGGCCUGAUGCCAGAGCUAGGAGAAAAUGUGGCGCAGUUCAACUGCGUGGGACCCAUGACGCGGUUUGCGGAGGACUUGCCGCUCAUGCUGAACGUUCUGGCAGGAAGUGAUACCAACAAGUUAAGACUGAACGAACAAGUAAAUCUUAAGGCCCUCAAGCUAUAUUAUAUGGACACUGAAGGAAGUUUCUACCUUAGCCGUGUGACCACCAAUAUGCGGCUGGCCGUAAGACGGGUCACGAAGUACCUCACAACGGCGCACAGACUACAAGCACAUCAGCUGCGCCUGCCCGAGAUGCGUUUCGGUAUGUACGAGUGGUUCAAGGUUAUUGCCAUCAAAGAUCCUACGCCACUGGCCCAGGUAUUCAGGCCCGGUGGCUUUAACACGCUAGUUGAACUGCUCCGACACCUCGUGGGUGCUGGCCGGCACACACUCGCUGCACUGGUUUCGUCUCAGAUGGCUCCACUUCACCACUUCCGUUCGGAACAAAAGGCUGAAGCCUUCGUCACUUCCAUAGAGAACGCCAACCAACGGUUCGAAGAGACGCUGGGGGACGACGGAGUUCUUAUCCUUCCAGCCGCUACGAGUGCCGCCCCGUAUCAGAAUCAGGAAUUUCUAUUUCCGGAUUCCACAGGCAUGACGGCUCUGUUCAACUUGUUCAAGGUGCCCGCAACUGUGUGCCCUGUAAUGCGAUCGGCGGACAACUUGCCCUUGUGCGUCCAAGUUGUCGCCAAGAGGGGAAACGACCGUCUAUGCCUGGCUGUCGCCAGGGAAAUCGAGAAACGUUUUGGUGGGUGCAUAGAUCCUUCGCCGAAGCUUGAAAGAAAGAUGUGAUGACCUCGUCAACAGCCCGUUGUGACAGCUGUCCUUUCUGGCUAAGUUCUGGCUAAAGUAAGUGCACCGGAAUAGCGACAAUUAUGAACCCGUGUUCACAAAAACGUCUUAGACUGAACAUGUUUGUAAAAAAAGUACUGCUGUUCAUCCUUAUGCUAGACGUAACUACAGAGAUCUGCCUUACUGAAAAAUUUUCCUUUUAAUGAUGUGCAAUAAAUUCAGCCCUUGUUUAUAGUAAGAGCGCCUAGAGUGUAAACGAUCUCAUGCAGAGUAUUGUACAUUUUAUCCUGGUGAGUGAGGAUUCAUUUCAAAGAAGCUUAUCAAAUUUGCUAAAUGGCCUUAUACGCCAGCGCCUAGAAAACGCUUUCACUGUAUUUGUAAAUAAAAUCUACUGCCAUCGAAUCAUGA